AUGACCCGUCAUCUCGUCCUUCUGGCUUCCCUGCUCGCAGUUGCUGUUGCUCAGUCGACCUACGCCUAUGACACAACUCAGCAGCAAUCGCAGCAGAUCAACCUUGACCCGAACUCGGGACCCCUCAAACUUCGCAUUGUGUUUCAAGCCGAUCAGAACCAACAGGUAAGCUCAUCCAUCCCACUCUGCAUUCAUAAUUUCUUUUCUUUCAAGACGCAACAAUCUCCGUGCUCCACCGGUAACUGCCAAUCUGCGGCCACUUUGAGCCCAUGCUCGUCUGGAAACUGCGGAUCCGUCCAGCAGGUUCAACAAGCUUCCCCAUGCUCCACCGGAAACUGCGGACAACAGACCGUCCAGCAGUCGCCGUGCUCCACCGGAAACUGCAACGGAGCCGUCGCCGGAUCGGCCAACAUUGUGCCAGCUUAUGAUGCCUCGACUCUUACGGUACCCUCGCGAACUACAGUACUCUCUGAACGGUCCCCCUUUCAGACCACGACCCAAUCCCCAGUGACCAUCCGAACUGCGCCAAUCUCGUCUAACUCGGUGCCAGUCAAAGUGAUCCGCAUCCCGUCCUACUCUAACUCCGGCUGCUUUUCCCCACCGUGCGGACCUCGAUUCGUGUACGCCCAGCCACCGUGCUCCGGAAACUCGUGCGGAUUCCCACGAUUCUUCCACCCACGCCGUCGUCAUCACUUCUUCGGACAACGCCCAAUCUUCAUCGGAAACAACAGAAACAACGGCGGAGGAAAUGUCGCCAUCCCAGACACCAUCUACAGAGACGGUCAGUUGUCGACUGAACCUUCUUUCUGAAUUCUUCUUUCCAGGAAUGGCUAUCCGUGCUCCAAUCCGUGUGCCCAGCAGCUACCAAGACGGAAACCCAGUGUUCAACUCUGGAAAGUAA